UUAUUUUUUAAUGUUUCGUGUUUUUGAUUGUAUGUAAUUGUCAAACGCAAAGUAUAAAUGAAUAUAACAUAGAAAAACUUGUGUUUUGUUACUGUCACGGCCUGCUUUUUUUAAAUCAAUAAGAUGGGCAAGUAGAUAUGAUAAUUUUUAAUAUUACAAAAGUGUGUUAUACCUAAUAUAUAAUGAUAUUCCUACAAUAUUAGCCAGCCCUAAUAAGCAAUAAAACCUAGAUGGCGACAUUUAUAUUUAAAUAUUAAAGUAUUAAUUGAUAGUGGCAUUCAUGUCGGGCCAGAGGAGGCAAAUUUUCAUGAAAAAAUGAAGAUGACAUUAUCAUCUCCAAACAAUACAAGUACUACUGAAAGACAACCCGCAAAUUUAGAUCAAAAAUCCAACAGUCCAAGUUCAAGUCCUCGGAGCAGUCCCAGGCCUUCUCCAAGACCUCAAACCAAGCAAGAACAUAACAAAUCUGAGACAAAUCUCUCAGUUAGUUAUAAGGAGCAAUCCCCUGUACCAAAGGCAGACGGUUCACAUUCUAGUCAUGAUGGUUCCAUAAGUGGGGGUGUAAGCAGCACCGAACUUACCCCACCUUCCGAAUUAAAAGGUGAUUCAGUCCCUAGCAGCAAAGAACGGAAAGAACCUAGAGGGAAAAAGAAGUCAUCCUGGUUUAAUUCAUUUUAUCCGACAUAUAAAUCAAGAUCAGAGGAUUUCAAAAGAAUUUUUAAAGAGGUUCCAGAUGAUGAGAGAUUAGUUGUAGAUUACUCGUGCGCUUUACAAAAAGAAAUCCUAGUGCAUGGUCGCUUAUACAUAACGCAAAACUAUCUCUGUUUUUACGCGAAUAUCUUCGGUUGGGGGACCAAUGUAUCAUUGAAAUGGAAAGAUGUCACCUCGAUUUCAAAAGAAAAAACCGCCCUCGUCAUCCCAAACGCGAUUUUGAUUUCGACGCGCAGCGACCAGAAAUUCUUCUUCACCAGUUUUCUAGUAGCCCGAGACAAGACCUAUGUUAUGCUAUUUCGGGUAUGGCAGAACGCUUUAAUGGAUCAACCAAUGUCUUCAACAGAAAUGUGGCAAUGGGUUCAUCAAAGUUAUGGUGAAGAACUUGGUUUAACUAGUGACGACGAAGAUUAUAUUGCUCCCGGUACUGAGGAGGAUAAAUUGUCUGCUAGAUCAAUAGAAUCAUUUUCUGAGAACGAAUCUUGCAUAACUGAGAGUCUACUAGACAGCGAAGCAAUGGACGAAACUGAAGAAAAACCUAAUAUUAUGUCUAAUGUGAAUCCGAAAUAUUCCGACAGGUCGGACACCGAAUCGGACGUGGACAAGCCCAUCAAAAUUAUAAAGCAUACCACCCCUAAAAAACUGCCCUUACCUCCCGCAUCCAGUUCCUAUUCCACAGAUGAAUCAGGUUUAGAAAUGUUGAAAAAAAAACCGGAAAUAAAAGUGAAAUGCACCUCCACUCACGCUGGUCGUCAGUUGGCGAGUGCAGUGUUGCCGGUCCACAUCGAUCAGUUGUUCACGCUGCUGUUUACCAGUUCCAAAUUCUUCUUGGACUUUCACGCCAUGAGGAAAACCACCGAUCUGAUACAAACGCCCUGGACACACAAUCCGCUCGAUAAUAGCAAGAGCCGCGUCGUCAGCCAAACAGUCGCGCUCAGCGCGGCCAUGGGGCCCAAAUCUGCUCAAGUUACUGAACACCAGAUGAUGCGCCCCUGUAGCAAAGCUGGUUACUUGUACUCAAUAGAUGUGGAAACCACCAAUGCCGGUAUACCUUAUGCAGACAGCUUUACUGUAUUAGUACAUUAUUGUCUUAAGCGUAUUUCCGAUAACAAAAGCUCCUUCUCCGCGUAUGUACAAAUUAAAUAUAAAAAAUCCGUUUGGGGUUUAGUAAAAAGUAUGAUUGAAAAGAAUUGUUGGGCAGGCCUGGAUGAUUUUUAUUCUUCCUUAAUAAAGGCACUUCGAGAGGACAUUGAAGAGGGUCUUCCAGAGAAAAGGAAAUCCAAAAGGAAAAAACGAUUGCUCAACAUACCAAGUACUACUGAAAAAUCGCGAUUAACUGCACCUGGAAGAAAAAAGGUGCAUCCCAAUGGACUCUUCAGUUCCGAUACUGUUACAAUAAUUGUUUUUAUUGUAUUAAUGGUUUUAGUAUUUCUAAAUGUGAUGUUGUACAUGAAAUUGUGGUCAUUGGAGGAAACUCCUCCAUAUACUAUAGAUUUACAAAUUUUGCAAAAUUUACCAAAGAACCAUGAUGAUUGGAUAAACUUGUUACAAAAACAAGAGUCAUUGCAUACUGUGGAAGUAAAGAAAUGGCAAAAAAUACUUAAAAAUGCUCUCAGCCUCUUACGGCAGGCCGAGGAAUCUCUUACCGAACUACAAAUAUCCAUUUACCCUGCUUCAAACAAAGUUGCUGCUCUAAUGAAGGAAGAUAAUAGUGUAUUAGGCAAUGAGGGUGAAUUGUAGUUGGGCGUUGUUAUGUUUUAAAACUGUUCUAUGUCAGUGCGCACUGUGUUAUAUUUAUAGUAGUUUUAUUAAUUGUUCCAUACACAAUGUAAUUUAAUAAAAUUUUAAAAGUCUGA